UUUCAAUUUUUCCGUAUCGUGAACUUUGGCGCGCCGCUUUGAAAGAAUCAACACCUCAAUGAAUAUAGACGAUCAUAAGCAUUGAUCAGCUUUAAAUCCUCUGUAAAGCGAUCAAUGAGGACGUGUUUUAUAGUUGUACAGCUGUUGGCGCGCCGGUAGUGUUUGUUAUUCAUUAGAUGCGCGUGAGUUUGCAGUAAUCGGCUGUAGAGAUCCUGCUAAGUGCACAGGAUGACGUCUACAAAAGAGAUCAAGCUACUACAGAAGGCCAAGAGUAAAGCUCAGAGCAGCAAUAACCUGAAAGAAGAAGCCAGUUUGUGCAAUCAGCUCGGGGAGGUUUACGCUAAAACAGGUGACUAUCACACUGCUAUUGAAGAGCAUCGGAAGGAAUUGGCGCUGUCUGAGAUUCUGCAUGAUGUGAUUGGCUCUGCUGUGGCCAAUAGGAAGAUUGGAGAAUGUUAUGCAGAACUGGGGAACAUCAAAGCGGCUCUGAAGCACCAGAGGCUUCAUCUGAAUCUGGCUCGCUCUGUCCAUGAUGCAGCAGAGGAGCAGAGGGCUCUGGCCACUAUUGGACGCACAUACCUCUUCCUGUUUGAUUCGGACAAUUCACGGAACAGCUUGAAGCAUGCGGAAGAUGCAUUCAAGAAGAGUUUGGCCAUUGUGGAUGAGCGCCUGGAAGGUACCGUAUCAUCACGAGAGCUGAGUGAGAUGAAAGCCCGUCUCCUGCUGAAUCUGGGCUGUGUGUAUGAUGGGAUGAAGGAACCGCAGCGCUGCAGUGAUUUCAUACGACAGAGCAUCUACAUCGCAGAGAAAAACAACCUUCUAGAAGAUCUGUAUCGUGCCAACUUCAACCUGGGCAGCAUUCACUUCCGCAACGGGCAGCACUCGCGCGCCAUGCGCUGUUUCGAGCAGUCGAAAGAAUGCGCCCGUAAAAUGAAGGACAAGUUCAGUGAGAGCGAGUGCUUCCAUAGCAUCGGCAAGAUAUUGCUUCAUCUUGGGGACUUUGCGGCGGCGCGGCGUUCUCUGAAGAAAGCCUUCUGUCUGGGCUCCCAGCAGCCUUCUGAUCGUGAGGCCGUCAAGAGAGACUUCAAACAUGCAAUCCGGGGCUGUCAGCUGGAGCAGACGGCGACAGAAGUGACUGAUAAGUUUUCCCAUGAGGCCAUGGAUCUGUCAGAGCAGCUGGGAGAUCUUUACUGUAAAGUGGGCUGCUAUAACAAGGCUCUGGAAGCGUAUCAAACACAACUGGCGUGUGCAGAGGCUUUAGGGAAGCCUGCUCGUGAGUUAGCCGUUAUUUACGUGUCGUUGGCGGCCACAUACACAGAUUUGCGACAACAUCACAGGGCCGUGGAACAUUACAGACAAGAACUAAAGCUGAGAGAGGGCAACCCUAAAGAGGAGUGCGAGACGUGGUUGAAUAUAGCUGGUUGUGAGGAGGAGACUGGACAGCCGAUGGAGACGCUCAAUCACAGUUUCAGUGCUGCUCUGAGCUGUGCUGAGAGAUCAGGACGUAACAAACUACAGAGGCGUGUUUUGAGAGCGUGGCUACAGGCCCAGCGGCGCUGCGGCUCCUCACAGUGUGACGACACUGAAGCGCGACUGAUGGAACUGUGUGAGCGCGAUGGACUGAGACUGGAGGACAGUGAAGAGGAGGAUGAGGAAGAGGAGGUGGAGAACAGUGAACCACUGGAGGACAGUGACAUCCAGUACUCAGACUCCGAUGAGGAUCUGGAGGGUUACGAUAAGAUGGUGAUGGGCAGGAGGAAGACGCAGAGGUGGAACCGGCGGAAUGAGAAGGGCGAGACGGUUCUGCACAGGGCCUGUAUAGAGGGAAACCUAAAGCAGGUUCAGUACCUGCUUGACCAGGGUCACCCGGCUAACCUGAGGGAUUACUGCGGGUGGACUGCUCUGCAUGAGGCCUGUAAUUACGGCCAUCAAGAGAUUGUAGCUUUACUGCUGGAACGUGGAGCGAAUAUAAACGACCCCGGAGGUCGAGACUGUGAGGGUGUCACACCCCUUCAUGACACACUAAACUGCGGCCACUUCAGUGUCGCACGACUGCUGGUACAGAGAGGAGCGUCAGUCAUUGUUCGCAACAGCAAGGGACUCACUCCUCUGGACACCUUGCGUCAGUGGUUUAAGACUUACAGCCGACAGCUGGACCAAGAGACAAGGCAAGAGUGUUUGGAGACUGAAAAACUCAUCAAGAGAGCUCUGUCAGGAGACGUCUCAGUUGUAUCAGGACUUCCACGGCAGCAGAAGGAGAUUCAGGACAGUCAGCUGUUUGAUGCUGAGUAUUCAGAACCACUGCUGCAAGAGUCACCGCCGUCACCCCAGCAGAUCACUCCCCGUCCCGCUCCAACCGUCCCAACUCCCGGACACAGGGUCACCUCAGGCCCGGCCCGCCGGCCGCGAGGGAUGGAAGCAGAUGUUCUAUAUGGAAACAAUAAUUCCGACUCUGAUUGCUCGCUCAGUCCUCUUCGUCCCGUUCGGCCAAGACCGCGUUCCCCAGCUGUCCAGUCCUCGCAGGAAUUCCCACCCAGUCAGGAUGUGCCUUCUGUAUUUGAGUUCAGAGAGGCCGUGUUGCCCCCACAGUCAGAAUCAGGCAGACUGGAGUAUCAGAAAGCCAUGCAGAACCUGGGCAGUGCCAAGUCCCGUCUCUUCUCUCAGAGCCUAUCAGAGCCGGCCUUUACCAGCACACCAGCAGUGUCGGCCAAUAGCAGAGCAGCGCUGGUACCAGAGGACCAGUAUCUGGCAGAUGAUUGGCUGGAGGAUGACCUGAGUGAUGUGCAGCCUAAGAAGAAACGGAGAGUUUCUGAGCACAACAUCCCACGCGAAACAACUUCCAGAAAUCAGAAUCAUUUCUCAGUAUCUGCUGAAGCUCCACCUAGAGCAGUUCAGAGUUCCUCCAGUAGGGGUCUGUCUCUGAAGAAGGGCACUAAUAAAUCUCGGCAGGUGAAGAUGAAUCAAAUGCCCGGGAUGGUGACUCUAGGCAGGAGGGAGGUCAGCAGGUCACAGAGUCCCAUCAUGAUCCAAGAAUCUGAGCCCAUCCAUGACCCUGCACCUCCUACCCAUCAGUCAGUGCCACCAGCAUCUUUCCAGAACAGAACAGCCCAUGUUCCUGCACCGAUCAGGAUGAGGGUCAGAGUUCAGGACAAUGUCUUCUUGAUUCCCGUUCCACACAGUGAGGCAGACUGCUGUACGGUGGCGUGGUUGUGUGAUCAGGCCGCUCAACGUUACUAUCAGACGUGUGGAUUACUGCCACGUCUGUCCCUACAGAAAGAGGGCGCUCUGCUCCUACCCACUGAUCCACUGCUGGCUGUGCUGCACACCAAUGAAGAGGUUCUUGCUGAGGUUUGUUCAUGGGAUCUUCCUCCUCUGCCUGAGCGCUACAGGAAAGCCUGUCAGAGUCUGGGAGUGGAAGAGAACCGGCGUGUGUCUCGGCUGUGUGAGGUGCAGGACAGCAGCUCCUGUGUGAACGUCUGUGGACUCAGUUUGCCUCCAGCGUCUCUGACUCCUCUCCUCCGAGCUCUCAAGCUGCAGGCCAGCCUCACGGAGCUGCGCAUCUCUGCCAACCGUCUGAACAACGACCUCCUUCCAGAACUGAUGUCUGCGGCGGCCACCAUGCCCAGACUGAGGAUUUUAGACAUAUCAGCCAGUCAGAUCACUGGAGAGGGCCUCAAGAAAGCAUCGGACACAUUUGAAACGAAGAGUCAAGCUGCUUUCCCGUGUCUAGAGGAGUUGAAUUUAAGCAUGAAUCCUCUGGGCGAUGGCUGGACACAGGCAUUAGCGAGUCUUCUGUCCGCCUGUCCCCUGCUCUCCACUCUGUCCCUGCAAGCUUGUGGCCUCUCCGCACGUUUCCUGCAGCAACACCGUCUGCUCUUAGCCAACGCCAUGGCCAGCACUGGAAAUAUGCGGUCAGUGUGCCUCUCCCAUAAUGCACUGGGCUCCACUGGUUUCGAGCUUGUGUUAAAGACAUUACCGAUGCACUGUCUCACGCACCUUCAGCUCUCUGCAGUCUGUAGAGGUCCAUCUGACCAGCCUGCUGUGGAGAUCCUCACUAAACACCUGACACAAGGUGACUGUCCACUCACGCACUUAAACCUGGCUGGAAAUGGCCUCACAGACCACAGUGUCCUCUUGCUCGCUAGGUGUCUUCCUGUUUGUCCCUCUCUUGUGUCUUUGGACUUGUCUGCCAACCCUUCAGUGACUUCAGUUGGCCUUCAAAGUCUCCUAGAUGCCCUCAUGGAGGCCCAACGACCUUUGACCCAUCUCAAUCUUCAAGGCUGUCAGGUGUCGGGACCACUGGCUGAUGUUUGUUUGGACAGUCUGUCUGAUCACAUCCGAGACCUGCGUUUAUGCUCCCAGAGUCUGAAUAAACUAGACCAGGAUGCACUGCAGCAGAGCUGGAGACGGAGAUCAGAACCCAUGCAUGUGUUUUCUCGCAACUCCAAAUGCAUGCUGAGCAUCACCGCACCUUCACAGUGAACUCUUCCUGGCAGUAGCAUUAGUCUAAUGGACAAACUCUGUAAAUACUGUCUAAUUGUAGCAUGUGUGCUGUCAUUAUGUAUUUUUUUUAUUGUAAUUAUUUGUAUGGACAUGUAUAUUUGUUUAUACUUGUGACUCAAACCCAUUUUAUUCUAUUUAGUCUUUCUGGAAAUUGUCUUUAUUGCUGAUUAUUUGCAAAAUGUAAGAAAUUAUGAGUUUGAAAUGGGCAAGGGAUAUUAUUGUAUGUGGUGUGGUGCUUAUGGACCAAGAAACGGAUCAAUAAAUAUUAAUUCAAGCAUC